AUGUAGCAUGGCACGAAAAUGAGGAACAAAACUUCAUUCUCUGCCUCUCAUGGCCGAAUUUGCCAAAUCCCUUUUCCCCAAACACCUCCUGAAACUUCUCAAAGCCAAAAAAGACCCAAUCUCAGCUCUCUCCCUCUUCGACUCCGCCAUUAGUAGCCCAAAUUACACUCCCACCUCCUCCGUCUUUCACCACAUUCUCCGCCGUAUUUCACAGUCUCCAAAACUCCUACCUCAGGUGGCCCGAAUUGUAGAUUUGAUUGAAGCCAAGAAAUGCACCUGCUCCGAAGAUAUUCCGUUGAUUGUUAUCAAAGCGUAUUCCAAUAACGCCAUGAUUGAUCAUGCAUUGGACCUUUUUCAAAGAAUGACUCAAAUUUUUGGGUGCGAUCCUGGUAUAAGAUCUUACAACACUCUGCUCAAUGCGUUCGCUGAUUCUAAUCAAUUCAAUCGUGUGGAUUUACUUUUUAAGAACUUUAGAAAGAUGGGUGUGUUUCCGAACUUGGAAACUUAUAAUAUUUUGAUCAAAAUUUGUUGUAAGAAGAAGCAAUUUGAUAGAGCGGAGGAAAUGUUGAAUUGGAUGUCUGAGAGAGGGAUGUUUCCGGAUGCGAUCAGUUAUGGUACUUUGAUAAAUGGGCUGGUGAAGAGUGGGAAGAUGAGCAGUGCACUGAAGGUGUUCGACGAAAUGAUUGAGAAAGGAGUAACUCCGGACGUCAUGUGUUACAAUAUUUUAAUUGAUGGGUUCUUCAAGAAAGGUGAUUUUUUGGAAGCAAAUGCGGUUUGGGAGAAGUUGGUGAACUCCUCGUCUGUGUAUCCAGAUGUAGGCUCUUAUAAUGUUAUGAUUGGUGGUUUUUGUAAGUGUGGGAAGUUUAAAGAGAGUUUGAAAAUUUGGGAUCGGAUGAAGCAAAAUGAGCGACAAAUGGAUCUGUUUACGUACAGCACCGUUAUAAAUAUGUUCUGUGAAUUGGGCAAUGUUGAAGGUGGUAUGGAGGUUUUUAGGGAAAUGAUUGCAAAAAGAUUGUCUCCUGAUGUUGCAAUAUACAAUGUCUUGCUCAAUGGGUAUUGUCAUGCCGGAAUGAUUAAGGAAUGUUUUGAUUUGUGGGAACUCAUGGAGAAGAAAGAUUGCAGGAAUGUUGUCAGUUUCAAUAUUUUCAUUAAUGGAUUGUUUGAAAACAGGAAGGUGGAAGAGGCAAUUUCUCUGUGGCAGCUAUUGCAUGAAAACAGUUCUGUUGUAAAUUCGACUACUUAUGGCAUUUUGAUCCAUGGCUUAUGCCAGAAUGGGUAUAUAGACAAGGCUUUCUCAAUCUUGAAGGAGGCAGAAGAUAGAAGAAAUAAUCUGGAUGUUUAUUCAUUUUCUUCAAUGAUUAAUGGAUUCUGUAAUGUUGGGAGGUUGAAUGAUGCAGUUUGCAUGCUAGAUCGCAUGGUUAUGAAUGGCUAUAGUCCAAACACCAAUGUUUGUAAUACACUAAUGAAAGGCUUUAUUCAGGCUCGUAAAAUUGAGGAUGCUAUUGGCUUCUUUGAUAAGAUGGUCACAAGGGGUUGCUCCCCUAAUAUUGUCUCCUACAAUACUCUAAUUGAUGGAUUAUGCAAGGCACAAAGAUUUGAUGAAGCAUAUCACCUUGUGAGGGAAAUUUUGGAAAAGGGAUUAAGACCUGAUAUGAUCACUAAUAGCUUGUUAAUGCGUGGUUUAUGUCAAGACACAAAGGUGGACAUGGCUCUCAAGUUAUGGCACCAGGUUAUUGACAAUGGUUUUGUACCUGAUGUAAUUAUGUACAAUAUCAUAAUGCAUGGGCUCUGUUCUGUAGGAAAUGUUCGAUAUGCGUUGGAGCUAUAUUUCAAGAUGGGUGAAUACAGAUGUGUCCCGAAUCUUGUGACCCUCAACACUCUAAUGGAGGGUUUCUAUAAAACUAGAGAUUGUAUAAAUGCAUCAACCAUUUGGGCCCGAAUUUUGAAAAGUGGGUUUCGGCCUGAUAUUAUCUCCUAUAACAUUGUCCUUAAAGGCCUAUGUUCUUGUAAUAAGACACCAGAUGCCAUUCGUUAUUUGAACGAUGCCAUGGCAAGGGAGAUUGUACCGACUGCAAUUACGUGGAAUAUACUUGUCAGAGCAGUUUUGCGUUUUCAACCUCCGAUGCAGCAAUGCCAAUAUUGAAUAUGGUUGAAAUGUAUAUAAACCAAACAAAACCAAACCACCCGAAUAUAUCCUAACCAGUGGUGAGGCCUGGGGUGGGAUGUAAGCAGACAUGACCCAUAUUGACAUUUCUAGUGUCAAUCUGGCUACUUGCUUAAAGAUUAAUGCCUAGAUGGAAUACUGGCCUCAUGCAUCUAACGAUGAUGGAAGAUGAAGAGCUAGGUAGAUCACAGAUAUACGUCGUUGGAUCUUGGUUCUUCUAUUCCCCAUAUAAAAGUUGAAGUGCAUGGUAUCAUGCCUGGAAUGUCACACCUGCAUUGGUGUGCAAGAAUGAACCAACAAAUUCAACCCACAUCAUUGGGAUAUGAAUAUUGAACUUGUUACAGGGUUUCUAUCAAGUAUAACAUCUUCUGCUCGUAGGUCAAUUGUGUAAGCAACCCGACCAAAAUCAGCCCAAGAACCACGCCUUUUCUCC